AAUUACAAUGUUGGCCAAUCUGGAAUCGCAUUGAAUGAAAAAUUGAUGAGCUGUGAGUAUCCGCAGUGCGCGUCGUAUGUUGUGUUGUGAGCGUUAAUGCUACAAAUAGCUUUCAACUGAAAAUUUAUUACAUUGGCCUAUCGCUACUGACCACAGCAGAAAUGUUCACGCGGAACACUUAAAGUCAACGUGCACACGUUGCGAUUCUACGAUAUAAAUGAAAAGGGGCUGCAUCUCGGUAGAAUAAAGCGUUGUUCCGUCGCGACGGUAUAGUUGCUUUGCUGAGAGCGGGAAGCCUUGAAUAUUACACAAUGGCAGAUUUCGAUGCGAUCUACGAAGAAGAAGAGGAAAAUGAACAAAAUUUGGAGGAGCAUUACGUGACAACGGUGCCGGAUCCUAUAAUUAUCCGUGGAGCUGGUAACAUGACCGUAUUUGGACUCAGUAAUCGUUUUGAAUCAGAAUUUCCAAACGGCUUGGUGUCGCGAGUUGCUCCGGAGGAAUUUAAGGCAACUGUUAUGAGAAUAAACAGUGUAUUGAAAAAAACUUUACCAGUUAAUGUUAAGUGGUUGUUUUGUGGUUGCGUUUGCUGCUGCUGUACAUUAGGAUGUUCUCUUUGGCCCGUUAUUUGUUUGAGUAAAAGGACACAACAUUCUUUAAACAAAUUAUUAGAAUGGGAAAACAGUAGACUAUAUCACAAACUUGGAUUACAUUGGAGAUUAGCGAAACAAAGAUGCGACACUUCGUCCAUGAUGGAAUAUGUUCUUUUAAUUGAAUUUAUUCCAAAAAUACCUAUAUAUAAACCUGACUAAAAGAAAGAUCUGGAUAUUCAUAUGAUCUGUGCGCAUAACAAAUUAGUAUAAACUUUAAAAUGUGAAAAGCCAACAGCUUCUGGCUUGAUUUUAAAAUAUGAAAGAAUUAAGUGUCAUCAUAUACAAGUGUAUGUGUAUGUGUGCGCGCGCAUGUAUAUUUAUAUGUGUGUAUGUAUGUGCACACACAUACAAAUAGCACUUGCGGGAUGCUUAUUUUUGUAAAUAUUAUAUGUAGGAUUGCACAGUACAAUAAUGAGAUAUGAAUGCGGAACUAUUAUGGUAUAUUAAUUUUAUUCCUUAAAAAUUUAUUUCGUCGGAACAAAAUGACAACAAUUUAUGUACUCAUUUUUUUAUAAAAAGAUUCAGUUGCUUUCAAUUUUGGAUUAUUUAAUGAAAACAGUCAAUUUGCACGAAGAGAACCACAAAAUGGGAUUAUAAGCAUAUUUAAAGAAUAUUGCUUGAUAUCUAAUUUACUAGUCAUUAAAACAUAAUUAUUUCGAACAAUUUUCGUUCCUUUAUUAAUAAUUUUUUAAAACCUAUAUUUCAAUUAGACAUUAAGCUUUCAGGUAAGAGAUUAAUCUGAUACAGUACAACGAAUUGAUUAUGAAAUACUUGUGAUUUAAGGGUGAGAAAUAACUAUCACAAGCCCUUGUAUGAUUGCAAAGUACAGAUACCAGUUUGUACAUAUUUACGUAUACAAUAGAGAAACUUACUUUGCCUAUAGAUUGAUUUCUUACCAAGGUGAUAUUAGAAAAUAAAAUACAGAUAAAUAUGUUUUACUUUUCGACAUAUAAAUUUGUUAUAAUUUAAAGUAGUAAGCAUAUCAUUGCUGUUGCUGUCAAGAAACAGUGAUAUUAUUUUUAAUUGAAAUAUAAAUUGUUUUACAUAUAAUGUAAGGUAAACUAUUUUGCACUAAAGAAAAAGAAAAAAAUUUUUUGAUUAUUCAUAACAAUUUUUACAGAGAACGAGGUUUUGAAAAAAUGGAAAGUACAAUCAUUGUAUAAUAUUAAAAAACAAAAUGUAUAAUGUUGUUCUCAAUGAUAAACAAUGUUUAUUAACAACUUUUUAUUCUAUAAUAUCAUAUAUCACAUUAUAUGGUUCUGCACAGACACUUCUCUAUACAAGAAAUUCUAUUUUAUAAGUGAAAACUUAUGUUAACACAUAAGAAUUAAAAAUAAACUCUGAAUAUAAUUGUAACGAAAUAUAUAGAAAAACUGUACAAAAAUGGAUAGAACAUUUGUUAAAAUUUUGAAAGUAUCAGAGAUAUAUUUUUCUUUCUAUUCAGUGGCUGUGAUUGAGAAUACAAGACUAGUUUUAAAUUUAAACGUAUAUUUUACAUAUAUCUCAAAGAUCACGUACACCUGAGUUUGUAACUUAAUAUAUACUAAAUACAGUAAAUAUCUUUUUUUCUUUCUAAGGCAUGUACUUAAUUUGCAAAAUUAUCGAUUAUGAUUCAUAUUGUGCAAACACACCAGUUUGGGAACAUAAUUUUUGACUUAUUAGUAAAUAAAUAUACUAACUAUUUUAUUAAAUAGUAUGAGUUAAAUAUAUUUUAUAAUUAAAUAGAUCUUACAUUAAUCAGCAAUUAUUUCAUUCGAAAUCAUGUGAGUAGUCAUGUAAAUUAUUCAUACUUCACUUGAGAUGUACUGUGCAAUGGAACCAUGAAUGUAAAAAUAUUUGACAAUUCUUUGCGCGUUUAAAAAAUAUAAUUAAUAUAGAAUUAUGCAGAAACGAUAAAUGUAAAAUUUAACAUGCUUUUAUGAUAUAUAUUAGUAAUUUAUGUAUUUGUAAUGCUUAAUUGUUCUUCUUUUUCUUUCGUCUAAAUUUAUUUUGAUAGUGCAAAUAUUUUCUAACAUUUGUAAAUAUGUGAAACUAAUUCUUUUAGAAUCUGUAUUUUGAUAAACAAAACAUUGACAAAAGUAAAUUUAUUAGUCAAGAGAUAUGGAUUUAUUUCUUUACUAAUUGAUUUAACUGUAUUAAAUAAGAAUUAAAAAUUGCAUUUUUAUUUCUUUCGUAUAUAAGCAGAAUGCGUAGCUAAUUUCUUGAAUUAUACUUUUUUGUAGAUAAAUUGUAUUGCAUAUUUUUAUGAAUGUGAUUGUAAAUAUGUUAAAAAUUUAUAUAUUUCAGAGGGAAAACAUUACAAAUAAUUGAUAAUUUUAAGGAGUCUAGAAUUUCAAAAUGAAGAAGUAAUAAAAUUGUUUUGAGAAGUGCAUUGAAGUUGACGAAUUUACUAGUACAUGGAGAAAUAAACAUUAUUAUUAAAAAAAGAAAAGAAAUUAUUCCUCCAGACAAACUUAUUUAUAUAUUGGUAUUAUGAUAUAAAAGAUUGAUGUA